AUGGUUGAAUUACCUCAAGAAGCUUUGAACAGAGAUCGAUUCAUUUCCGAAUUCAAUGCAAAACCAUGGGAUCCAACUAAAAGAGAAAAAUGUUACAUUUAUGAGAAAGAAUUUGCUAACAGACUACACAACGCUAUGGACUGUUCGGAAGGAUUAGAUUUCGAGAGACAUGAUGGAUUAUUAGCAACUAUUAAUGUCAUACCAAGUUGUGGUUUCCUUCAUUUCUAUGUGUGGCACAAACGAUUCAAUAUUGCAUAA